GCAUCAACACCUCAGUCAGACAACAUGAAGCUGUUCGUGAUUGCCGCGCUGGCCGCGGUGGCUGCGGCCGCCCCGCAGUACGGAGCCUCCUACGGACAUCAGGAAGGAUACAAACGCCCGUACUCGUACGACUUUGCCGUGGAGGAUCACUACGGCGGUCAGUUCAGCAAGUCGGAGCACAGCGACGGCCACAACGUGCAGGGACAGUACGGCGUGGAGACCAAGGAGGGAAGCACCCACGUCACCUACUACGGCGGACACGGCUCCGGAUACAAGGGCACGCCUUCUUACCACGAGCCCGCCUACAAGCCCACGCCGUCUUACCAUAAGCCCGCUUACAAGCCGACUCCGUCUUAUCACGAGCCUGCCUACAAGCCCAAGACAUCUUACCACGAGCCUGCCUACAAGCCGACCCCAUCUUACCACGAGCCCGCCUACAAGCCCAAGACGUCUUACCACGAGCCUGCCUACAAGCCGACUCCGUCUUACCACGAGCCCGCAUACAAGCCGACUCCUUCUUACCACGAGCCCGCGUACAAGCCGACUCCUUCUUACCACGAGCCUGCUUACAAACCGACUCCGUCUUACCACGAGCCUGCCUACAAGCCGACUCCGUCUUACCACGAGCCUGCCUACAAGCCCAAGACGUCUUACCAUGAACCUGCCUAUAAGCCUACUCCGUCUUACCACGAGCCUGCCUACAAGCCGACCCCGUCUUACCACGAGCCCGCCUACAAGCCCACUCCUUCUUACCAUGAGCCUGCCUACAAGCCCACUCCUUCUUACCACGAGCCUGCCUACAAGCACACUCCGUCUUACCACGAACCCGCCUACAAGCCCACUCCUUCUUACCACGAACCUGCCUACAAGCCCAAGACGUCUUACCACGAGCCAGCCUACAAACCCACUCCAUCUUACCACGAGCCCGCUUAUAAGCCCACUCCAUCUUACCAUGAGCCUGCCUACAAGCCCAAGACGUCUUACCACGAGCCUGCCUACAAGCCCUCGACGUCUUACGAUGAGCCCGCCUACGACAAGCAUAGCUCAUCCCAUGAAUAAAUAAGCACACAAUUCGGACCUCUUGCUACCAUCAGCCAACGCCUAAAGCGCUUCACAGACAUAAAUGUUCAGAUUCAAUAAACCGUUUGCCAGUCAUUUAUUAUACGAUUGCUGCAUAAAACUCGAGCUACUGGUAUCCUAAGCGAGGUUCCAUAUGCAUGUAAAUGUUCAAUGGACUUACUCAGACCUCGUCUUUCUUUCUUGUAUCGAUGUCAGUAUGGAGAGCUGAUGCACGCCACAACGAAUGUGAACGCAUUUCGAGAUAGCAUCUGUUUUACAAGCACUCAUGUCAUCUUUUUGUAAAAGGAUACGUUAUCAGCUGUUUUACAUGUUUCCUUUAGCGUUGUGUGUGUGAUGUCUGUUGUCCAUGGUAUUUAUGUUGUAUUUAUUCAGUAAUAUACUCGUUUGAAGGCAC